AUGGCAACUAAAGCACCAGUUUCAAGAAGUGAUUUCAACGAAAAAGAAAAAGAAAAAGAUGUUCGUACAUCAAAUAUUGUCGCUGCUAGAGCUGUAGCUGACGCUAUUAGAACAUCUUUAGGUCCAAAGGGUAUGGAUAAAAUGAUUAUCUCUCCAAAUAAAGAAGUUUUAAUCAGUAAUGAUGGUGCUACAAUUUUACAAAAUUUAGACCUUAAACAUCCAGCUGCCAAAAUGUUAGCAGAAUUAGCAAAAGCUCAAGAUAUUGAAGCUGGUGAUGGUACCACAUCAGUUUGCGUUAUUGCUGGUGCAUUAUUAGGAGCAGUAUCACAAUUAAUGGCAAAAGGUAUUCAUCCAUCAAUUAUUUCAGAAUCAUUCCAUUUAGCAUUAAAUAAAUCAUUAGAUGUUUUAACUUCAAUGGCAGUUCCAGUUAGUUUAACUGAUAGAACCAGUUUAGUAAAGAGUGCUACCACUUCAUUAAAUAGUAAAGUCGUUUCACAAUACACCAACUUAGCAUCAAUUGCAGUCGAUGCAGUAUUAAAUGUUAUUAAUCCAGCUACUGCAAACAAUGUCAAUUUAAAGGAUAUCAAAUUAAUUAAAAAACUUGGUGGCACUAUUGAAGAUACUGAAUUAGUUCAAGGUUUAGUUUUCGAUCAAACUGCUUCACACACUGCUGGUGGUCCAACCCGUAUUCAAAAUGCCAAGAUUGGUUUAAUUCAAUUUUGUUUAUCUGCUCCAAAGACCUAUAUGGAUAAUAAUAUUGUUGUAGGUGAUUACGCUAAAAUGGAUAAAGUCAUCAAAGAAGAACCAAAAUUAAUCCUCGAAAUGUGCAGAAAGAUUCAAAAGAGUGGUUGCAAUGUUUUAUUAGUCCAAAAAUCAAUUCUCCGUGAUGCCGUUAAUGAGCUCUCACUUCACUAUUUAGCCAAAUUAAAGAUUUUAGUCAUCAAAGAUAUCGAACGUGAAGAUAUUGAAUUCAUAUGCACUACUGUUGGUUGCACCCCAAUCGCCAACAUUGACUCUUUCUCACCAGAAAAACUUGGUAAAGCUGAUCUCGUCGAAGAAGUUGGCACUAGCGAUGGUAAAAUCGUUAAAAUUACUGGUAUUCCAAACCCAGGUAAAACCGUAACUGUCCUUUGCAGAGGUUCAAACAAAUUAGUUUUAGAUGAAGCUGAACGUUCACUCCAUGACGCCCUUUGUGUUAUCCGUUCACUUGUCAAAAAGAAAUUCCUCAUUGCUGGUGGUGGUGCUCCAGAAAUUCAAGUAUCUCAACAAGUUACCGCUUUCUCUAAAACUCUCACUGGUAUGACUAGUUACUGUGUUCGUGCUUAUGCUGAAGCUCUCGAAAUUAUUCCAUACACUCUUGCCGAAAAUGCUGGUCUCCAUCCAAUCUCAAUCGUUACUGAACUCAGAAAUAAACAUGCUCAAGGUGAAAUUAACUCUGGUAUCAAUGUAAGAAAAGGUGCCAUCACUAAUAUCCUCCAAGAAAAUGUAGUUCAACCACUUUUAGUCUCAACAUCAGCUUUAUCAUUAGCCACCGAAACUGUUAUUAUGUUAUUAAAGAUUGAUGAUAUUGCCACUGCCAGAUAA